UUUAACCCCUUAUUCCCGAGCCACAAAUGGAGGUGCCGAAGUGAUCUUCUGUUUCCACCUGAUUGGAGUAGGAAUAAGGCUGGAACCUGUGGGAAUAUCUCUCUCUUAUUGCUGCCAGAUCUUUCACUCUGUGUCCCAUUGGAAAUCGAGGAACUUGGCUUCUCCAUUCAGCUUCAGCUAGCAUCUUCAUCUCUACCUCCGCAGCCUAUUAUAUGGAUCAGACAACGUCGUUUUUAUUGAUCUGCUUGGCAGUGUCAGCCGAGUAGGCUACCCUGUAAUUUCUGUAGUAAAAAACCAAAAAAAUCUACUUUCACUAUACGAUCACAAGUCCUCAACUGGAAGCUUCAUGAAAUGAUGGCGAAAAGCCCCGUCCGAGCCACUGGCGUCCCCCACCCCUAUUGGCCGCGGGACCUGUCCAUCCCAGGCUACGUGGUGAACGAUAGGUCAAUGCAUGAGAUCCUGUCCUUCCUCUUCUCUGUGUCGGGUCUCUUCCUGCUGUCCACCUGGGUCCUGACGGGCCGGAAGUGGGCCAGGGAUGGCCGAGGUCAGGAGUUCGGGGUGGCCAGGCGGCUGGCUAUCUGCUGGUUUGCUGUCUGUGGGUUCAUCCACGGGGUCAUUGAGGGAUGGUUCUCUCUGUACUAUGACGUCAUCCCCUCAGACCAGAGCUUCCUGUCUCAGCUGUGGAAGGAGUACUCCAAAGGAGACAGCCGAUAUGUCAUAGCUGAUAACUUCACGGUGUGUAUGGAGACAGUAACAGCCUGGUUCUGGGGACCAUUGAGUGUGUGGACGGUGUUUGCCUUCCUGGCCAACAAACCAUGCCGCUUUGUCCUGCAACUCAUUGUCUCUCUUGGUCAGCUGUAUGGGGCGGUGCUGUAUUUCUACACUGAGCACCGUGAUGGUUACAGCCACAGUCAGAUGGGUCACCCUCUGUACUUCUGGUUCUAUUUUGUCUUCAUGAACAUCCUCUGGAUCGUCAUUCCUCUGGUCCUCAUACUGGAUGCAUGGAGACACCUGCAGCAGGCCCAGACACACACUGACCUGGCCCAGAAGGAGAAGACCAACUGAUGAGUAGGGGGGGG